ACUCCGCUACCACCAACUUCUCAUUCUCUGCCGCCGAGUUCCGCCACCAUGAAGAAGUUUUUCAGCAGCGGGUUCAUGAAAAAGAAGCUCUACCGUCGGAUCUUUUGGGGAGUCCUCAUCUUCCUAGGCCUCCUCCUCCUGACCAUCCUGAUAAUCUACCUCGUCCUCCUCCCAUCGAAGCCGUCCUUCGUGCUCCAGGACGCCUCCGUCGUGCAGCUGAAGGCCACCGGCCCCGGCCUCAUCACCUCCUCCAUCCAGGCGACAAUCGUCUCCCACAACUCCAACAACCGCGUCGGCAUCUUCUACGACCGCCUCGAUGCCCAUGUCGUCUACCUCAACCAGCAGAUCACCCCGCCCGUGCCGCUUCCGCAGACCCAUCAGUCCCCCGACGAGUCCAGCGUCUGGACAAAGCUCAUUUGCGGCACCGACGUGCCCGCCGCCCCCUACGUGGUCGCCUCCAUCCAGCAGGCACCCAGCUACGCCUCCGGCUACCUCUCCGUCCGCAUUUUCGGCAAGCUCCGGUGGCAGGUCGGCAGCUGGACGUCCGGCCACUACGGCUUCCACGUCGAGUGCAAUGCCUACCUCCCCCUCUUGAGCGGUCAAGGGCCCCAUAACUUUCUCCCAUCCUACCCCUGCGGCACCGACGUGUGGUCGCAGCCAUGACGUCUCCUCCUCAGUCAUCUCCCUCUUCUUUUUCCUACUUUAUAGGGCCAUUUUUUAUCAAAGAAAAGUGGUGAACGGAGGUAAAGAAUAAUGUAUAGUCUACUUUUUCUUGUUCUUUGCAAUCGGCAUAUUUCAGGCUUUUUGAUGGA